AAAAAUUCCAAAAAAUAAAAAUAAAUAUAAAUAGUCUUUGCUCUUAUUAUACCUCCUCCUUCCUUCUUUAUUUCUGAUCGAUGACGAAAAUAUUAUUGGAGUUUUUUCCAAUGUAUCGCUAAAAACUGGAUCAUGGAAUAGUGUUAAUAUUCCAAAUAGAAGUCAUCGAUCUGGAAAUUAUAGAAGGAAGGAGUGUAGAAAUAUUAUUAACAAAUGGAAAUUCAGAGGUUAAAAGAUUUGUUGUUAUUGUGGGCAAAAGUGCAAACUAAUCGAGUUGCCCUCGUGGGUGGAAAUCACACAGCUGCCAGGUUUUGCACACGCUAAAAUAAUAUUCUUAUUCUCUCCAUUAUUAAUAUUGUAGCUCACCCAUCUCUCUCUUUUUUUCUUUUUUAAACUAAUAAUAUUCAACUUUCUUCGAGUUUUCUUCAACCUUCUUCCUGUAACCGUAGUGUCUAGCUAGCUUGUUUCAUUACGCAUUCAAGAUUUUUCGUGAUCUGUGCUCAUUCUCAUUUCGUGUUAAACAUGAGGUACAAAGCGAUGAAUAAUAUGUUGCAAGGUUUUUACACCAAGCAACACAACAAAAUGAGAGGUUUACACAUAGAUGGACUAAUGGACUAUCAUUGGGACACAAAGUUGGUGAUUAUAAGAAUAGACCAUUCUUGGGUUUUGAAGUUUAUGGCUCGUGCAACAAUUUUAGCAUUGGUUAUUGUCUCUUUACCUUGGAUUAACACGAUAAUCGGGUACUUAUCACGGUUCCAAUCUAAUGAUUUCAAAGUAGAGAUGGCUAAUAGUCCAAUUAAUUUGGAGUUUAUGCCUAUUAUUUUUCAAGAUCUGGCCAAUGAAGGACUUCUAAAAAUGGGUGAUAGGUCCCUUCUUGUUAGCAAUGGCAAUGAGGAAGAAACUUACAAUUCUCAAUUUGUUAAAGAUUACAAUCCAGAUUUGAUUUCUUUUUCAGAUUCUACACAACAAAAUCUUGUCCCUAAUGAGAAUUUUGACUUUGUAUUUGCCUAUGGCUACCCUCAAUCAUCAAAUUUUAUUGAAAGAGCAUUGAAGGUUGGUGGUAUUGUAGUUGUACCACUUAAUGACAAUCCUAUGGUUGAUGAAUUUCCACAUCCAUCAAAUUACAAGAUUGUCUAUGCUAGAAAAUUUGAUUCAACUAUUGUAGCCAUGAAGAAAAUAAAGAAUGCCUCAAGCGACUCUUCGACGCGGCGACGACUUUUCACUCUUGCAACUAAUGCAGAAAAAGUUUCAGGUUUGAGUUCUGGGAACAGAAAACUUUUUUAUGGGGAGCACUUUACUUCCCUUAGUCGGCCUGCUCAGAGCGAAUCCGAAUUAGUCAAGUCAGUUGAUUUUGAAUAUCGGAUGCCUAAGGCAAAGAAAAUUACAAAUGCAAAAAAGGCAGCACUAAAGAAACUAGAAAAUGUACUACUUGAACCACCAAGAGCAGCAUCAAGAAAAUCAAGUAGAUAUUUAAAAAAGACUCAUUUUUUACCAGAUUUAAUGGGAGUUUCCCUUGAGAGUUACCCAAGAAGGGUCUUCAUUGAUGUUGGUUUACAAGACAAGAAUGAAAAAUCAAGUGAUAAUUAUUAUUCUACUUGGUUUUCAAAGCAUUAUCCUACAAGAAACACAAGAUUUGAGAUAUUCAAGAUUGAGACUGUGAAUGAAGAAUCAUCUGGAAAAGAGGUCCCGUUGACUAUUAUUAGCAUGUCUGAUUGGUUAAAAAAUAAUGUAAAAGAAAAUGAGUAUGUGGUAAUGAAGGCAGAGGCUGAUGUGGUUGAAGAAAUGGUGAGAAAUAAAAGUAUUAGGUUAAUUGAUGAACUUUUCUUGGAAUGUAAACAUCAAGGAAUUAAAAAAGGCGACAAGAAAAAUAGGAGAGCAUAUUGGGAAUGUUUGUCAUUGUAUGGAUUGUUAAGAGACGAGGGUAUUGCUGUGCACCAAUGGUGGGGUUGAGAAAAAAUGCAAACAAAGAUAAAUAAUGCUAAUAAGAUAGGUGGGGUGAGCAUAAUAGAAUAUUGAAGUUUUUUUAUUUUAAUUCCUUGCUGGUUUUGUGUGUAUUCACUUGCUAGUAUUCAUUGAUGUAUGUACUAUUACUUUUGAGCAAAAUAAUAUGAUAAUGGGGUAUAUAAAAAGAGAUUAAAGAUACUUUGUUGUGACUCUUUUUGCCUUA